AUGAAUAAAGGAUUCAAUCCAACACCUACAGAUAUUGCUUCAUAUUCCAGAAUCUUAGAUAGUAUCUAAAAUAUAUAACAAUAGGAAAGGGAACAGGAAGAGUCACUUUAGAAGACAUUGAAUAAUUGUGUUUGAAAUUCUUUGGUGCCAAAUCUGAUAAACAACCAUCAUAAUAUUGA